GGCGCCGCUUCCAAGUCAUGUCACUCGGUCCUUCAGCGCUCCCCGUCAAGACUACGGAAUGCCAGAGCUUUCUCUACUUCUUUACCACGCGAUGGCAACACCUGGGGAUUUAUCGGAUUAGGCCAAAUGGGUAUGUGGAAUAUUUCCUUCUGUUCUGUGUUUGCCUGAACCCGCCCUGCAGAGUCUGUCCAUCUUCUCAGCUGCUGUUGUGUCUCAAGGCUUGCGAGGAUAUGGGGGAGACAGUGAAAGUAGAAUUACAGAAUAUACAUUAGACGUCGGCGAAAUGAAGAGGUCAAAAAAAUGCCUCUUCUUUUUCGCUUUCUCUGUUCGAACAACCUUCACAUGCUUGGGUUUGCUGACAAUAUCCUCCCCUUCCCCAGGCUAUAAUAUGGCCAAGAAUCUACGCGCAAAGAUCCCCGCAGGUGAUACACUCAUCAUUCGUGACGUAAACGAAGAAUCGACGGCCCGGUUUGUGCGAGAAGCCCGCGAGGCUGCUAACAGCACUGGCGUUGGUGACAAUGUCUUAGUUGCCCCAAAUGCAAGGGAGCUGGCAGAGAAAUCGUCCGUGGUGAUUACUAGUCUUCCGGAGCCCCAGCACGUCAAAGAUGUUUUCCAUUCCAUUCUUCGCCAUGGAGAGCUCCCUCCCUUAGAUAAGGAACGUAUCUUUAUUGAUACCUCAACCAUAGAUCCAGCCUCUACUAAAGAAGUUGCGAAUGCCGUUCAUACCACUUGCCAAGGCCGUUUCGUCGAUGCGCCUGUCUCUGGCGGAGUCGUUGGGGCUUGUGAGGGUACCCUGUCCUUCAUGUAUGGAGCCUCCUCCCAGACUGGUGCACUCGUGAAAAGGGUGGAGUCCAUCCUGCUUCUCAUGGGAAAGAAGGCCUGGCAUAUGGGGGCGCCAGGAACGGGUGUUUCGGCGAAGCUCGCCAACAACUACAUCCUAGCCAUCAACAACAUCGCAACUGCCGAAGCGAUGAACCUUGGAAUGCGCUGCGGCCUCGACCCCAAAGUUCUGGCAGAUAUGAUCAACACCUCCACUGGUCGUUGCUGGCCGAUGGAAAUCAAUAACCCUGUGCCUGGUGUAGUCGAGGGAGCGCCCGCUUCGCGUGACUAUGAGGGCGGGUUCGGAGUCAGUCUCAUGAACAAGGAUCUCCGGUUGGUUCUCGCUGCGGCCAAGGAGUCUGGAACUCCGCUUGCACUUGCAGAGGUGGCUCGUGUCCUUUACAACGUGAUUGAGGCAGAGUAUCGAGGCAAGGACUUUUCCGUUGUAUACAAGUGGCUGCGGGAUCAGUCACCGGCUUAGUGGGGAGAUGAAAGACCCUAUUUUCCGGCAUUUGUCUGUUCCUGUUGCUUAUUUUUUGCCAUCACUUUCUUGUCGUUCUGCUUACUCUGCUUCCGAUAUCCUCUAUUCAGUAUGUUUCCCCCUCUGGUAUUGUAUUGCAUCAUAGAUUUACUGGGCUUGGUGAAGAUAUCUUAGUUUUAACUAGUUCAGAAUCCUGCUCCGCAAGCACACACACACACACACUAUAAGAUAC